AUGGGCAACCACAUUCUCAUUGUCGGCGCAACGCGCGGCCUGGGAGCAUCUCUCGGAGCUCUAUAUUCCCGCAGGCCAUCCCACCAUGUGUUUGGUACCACGAGAUCCUCUACGACACCCUCAAAUGAUUCGGAAAUAACUUGGUUGACGGAAGUCGAUGCGUCCAAGCCAGAUAUAGGCCAAAGGCUUGUUUCGCAGCUGCCGACCUCGACUAAGAUCUCUACUGCCAUCAUCUCCGCGGGGUACUUCGGGUUCGAGACCUUCGAUAAUCCCGAUUGGGACAAACAGGUCCAAAUGUAUACAACCUCUGCCAUUGGCCCCGUUUUCAUGGUCCAUCACCUCGUGAAAGCAGGACUACUCGGAGAAGGAAGUAAGGUAAUUCUUGUCAGCAGCGAGUCGGGCAGCAUCACUCUUCGCCAUGAAAAAGAAGGCGGUGGAAAUUUCGGCCAUCAUGCGAGCAAGGCCGCGUUGAAUAUGGUCGGGAAGCUGUUGAGUCUGGAUCUGAAGCCAAAGGGUAUAGCAGUUGGUCUGGUGCAUCCGGGCUUCAUGCGGACGGAGAUGACGAAGGGUGUUGGAUUUGACAAGUAUUGGGAUGCCGGUGGAGCUGUGACACCCGACGAAGCGGCUCAGUCACUCGCAUCCUUUAUUGAUGGCUUCGAUAUAAACAAGACUGGUGAAUUCUGGGCCCCCAGAGGACCAGCAGAUAUCGGGACUGCCGAGGAUGUUCUUGGAAAAGACCUAUCAACCCCCCUUGCAACUGCCGUG